ACUUCGCCUGUCAUUCUGCUGCGUCACUGUUCUCGUGUCCUACUCGCAUUAAUUUGUUAAAAUUAACUGUUAGCUUAAGCAUUAUUAUAUUGGAUUGAUAACUUCUCUAAUUAACUGAGGAUUUCUAAUGUCACUUCAUCGUUCUUCUAAUGGACCUCCACCAGCGAAACCACUUGUUGCAUUGCUUGAUGGUCGUGACUGCACUAUUGAAAUGCCCUUGUUAAAGGAUGUGGCCACAGUUGCUUUCUGCGAUGCUUCAUCCACCAGUGAAAUUCAUGGUAAAGUCCUUGAAGAAGCUGUUGGGGCUUUAAUGUGGCAUACCAUUUCUUUAACGCGCGAGGACCUUCAGAAAUUCAAAUCACUAAAGAUUAUCGUGAGGAUAGGCAGCGGUUAUGACAACAUUGACAUAAAAGCCGCUGGGGAACUUGGAAUUGCUGUUUGUAAUGUUCCUGGAUUUGGUGUUGAGGAGUCUGCAGAUACGACACUUUGCCACAUUCUGACCUUAUACCGACGUACUUAUUGGUUAGCAAACAGCCUGCAAAUGGGCAAACGGAUUAAUGGACCUGAGCAUUUAAAGGAAGUUGCAAACGGGUCUGCUCGUAUACGACGUGAUACUCUUGGGAUAGUUGGUUUAGGCCGAGUUGGAACAGCUGUUGCAUUACGAGCCCAAGCUUUUGGAUUUCAUGUAACAUUUUACGAUCCUUAUCUUCCAGAUGGGAUCGAACGAUCAUUGGGUAUCGAACGUGUUUACAGUCUUCAAGAUCUACUAUUUCAAAGUGAUUGUGUCACUUUGCAUUGCUCACUUAAUGAGCAAAAUCGCCAUAUGAUCAAUGAGCAUACAAUAAAGUUAAUGAGACCGGGUAAUAUAUUCACAAUAUAGAUGUUGAAAUGAUGUGUAUAUUUUUCAGCUCAGUUGAAUAAUUUUUGUGUUUUAAAUUUCUCUGCGCUAGAUAGUUUUAUUUCAAACCUUUCAUUGAUAUAAGUUGAUGUAGACAACGACGGGCAUAAAUCCAACUGGGAAUACAUCAGAAUUCUGAAUCGAAAGUAUUCCAGUAAUGUCAGGGAAUUUCUGGAAUCAUGACGUUCAGAUCAAUUAGCACUUUAACGGACACGUCGAAUUAGACCUAAUUUGUCAACCCAUUCGAAGAAUGUCAAUUGACAUGGUCAGAGAUCGACAGAAAAAAAUAGUCGAUUUGAAUGCAGGGACAAAUGAAAAUAUUGAAAACAGCCUAUGACAAUAACCAAUCACAAACAAGGGCAACGGAACGAACUGAUUUAUAACUCGUGGGUUAACUAUAAAGCUCAUUUCUACAUGAAGUAUGAGCUAAUGAUGUGGUUUUGAGUGACAAUGGAAGUAUCGCAAUUAAACUGUCUAGCUCAGAGAACCCAACGACAUCGAUAUUAUGAAUAUAUAUAUAGUAUAUCAACAAUUCAUUUAAAAAAAUUAUUAUAGUAAAUAAGAUCAAAAUUCAACGAUUGGAUGCUGGAUGAUGGAGUGAAAGAUUUCGUUCAGGCAACUACAACCAUUGAAUGUAGAUGUAUUCUAAAAAGUUAAAUAUACGGUGCAAAUAAAUUAUUUCUUGUAGCAUAUCGUGAUUUAAUCCUGAUUUACAGGAUUUAAAAAAAUUACUAAAUGAAAUUAAACUAAAUGCAAUAAAUUUUAAAUAAAUCCUAUUAAAUCAACUCUAUCUUUCAAUAGUAUAUAUAUAGUAUAUAGUAUAGUAGUAUAUAGUAUAUAGUAUAUAUUUAAAUGAAAAGUGCCGCAGUACAUUGUAACUGGCUAAGUCCGAUAUGUGCUCAAAUAUGUAGAUGAAUGUAUGAUUUUUAAAAUGGAAGUAUCAAUUAUCAUUUAUAUUAGAGAUAACAUAAUAUAGUAUUACUUUUCAUAAUUAAUAAUUUCUGCGUAUUCUUUUCAAAUAUUUGGCUUCAUUCAGAAAAUAGGUUUCAUAUUUUUUACCGUCAUAAUAUGAACAAUCAUUUCUUGAUUGUUGUUUUGCUUUUAAAGUGAUUUAUUUGUAAACCCAGAUGAAAGACAAAUAACUAAUUUUGUUGAUUGUGAUAACAUAUUAGUCAGUUUACAUUUGAAAACAGACUUCUAUAAUUUUGCAUCAUAACAAACUAUACUGAAAUCACCUUCCUUGUAUCGAUUCACUCAACUCCUAUAGAACAAGUUGCACUGGGAAAUGUUUUAGGAAUGUACUUUUCCUUGCUCGCGAACACUUUCCAGAGUGUCCAAGCUAACUAGUUAAAACAAUCAAUAGUUCUAUCCUAGCUCAUUUAGUUCAAACGGGGUUACACAGCCAGCGUGAACCAAUCAUUUACAAUCAGUCAUUUACUAUUAUUAUUGCUACCACUACCGUGGCGCGUGCUACUUAUAUUGAUGUAAGUGGUAUAUGACGCAAGUUAAAAACGUAAUGUCGGGGAGCAGAAGAUGGGGGAAUAUCAAGAAAGGAAGAGCGAGAACACAAUGCAAUUUGUGAGAAAACGCAUGAACAAUGAAGUGUGAGACAAUGGAUUGAUGUUUGCAACAGGAACAUUCCAGGUUGAUAUGGUGGACUGAUAUUUUGCAAAUUAACGAUUUACUAUAUGGUUUUUCUAUUUUACCAAGUAACUCUGUAAUUUCGUACUAAAUACAUUCGAUUGUCCCUACCCGUGUUCUGUUCACUACAUUACAACUACUGGUUGUGUUACUACUACUCAUCUGGAAUUUGUUCUAAUAAUUUCAUCCCACCGUGCUUAUAUAGUGUGAGGACAUUAUCCGUUCCAUAUAUUUCUCAGAUGCGCUGACUGAAUUUCUAAACUAUUUACAAUUCACUACCAGAUUAACAAUGCACCGCAAUAACUAAAUUUUAAUUAUCAGUCUGAAUUUGAUGAUAGAAAAAGAAAAGGUGAUAAAAAGGCAGUUACUUUCUAAACUCACUUGUUAAUAUUUUACCUAUCAGUGGAGCAAUUGCCUAAACCUUGUUCCUUUUUUAGGUGCAUUUUUAAUCAAUACUGCUCGAGGUGGUUUAAUUGAUGAAGUAGCCCUUGCUGCUGCACUUAAGGAAGGUCGAAUACGUGCUGCAGCAUUGGAUGUAACAGAGACAGAACCAUUUGUUUGGAGUAAUAGUGCCUUAAAAGAUGCUCCAAAUCUUAUUGUAACACCUCAUAUGGCAUUUUACAGUGAAUCAAGUAUGCGUGAAAUGCGCGAGGCAGCUGCAAAUGAAAUCCGAAGAGCUAUUUUAAAUCGCAUACCAGACUGUCUUCGAAACUGCGUCAACAAAGAAUUUAUGCCCAAUGGUGGUUCGUCAUUAUUUUCUCACGGUUGUUCCAACAAUAGUCUAUCCAAUAAUAUCAGUAAUAAUCCCCUGGUUAAUAACAAUCAUCUGUCUCUUGGAGCAGCUUCAGGAUUAGAAAACGCCGCACGUGGUUUGCAUCCAGCAGCUGCAGCUGCAGCGUUCGGUCUCUCAGCAGGUCUUUUCUCUUCUGCCGCGGGUGGAGGUUGUGGUCUUGGGGUAGGUGCUAACAGUCUCCCCUUCCCUGCUAACCUAAUUGGUGGAUCAGGGAUAGGUCUGUCAAAUGCCGGUGGUGGAGGUAUUCUCACCAACAGUGGUGGUCCAACAACAAUCCCAGCCCUCCCUCCCCCUCCUGCCGUUGCCGCGGCCGCCGCAGCCCAUCUAGCUGGCCUUCCUCCUGUCUCAGCGUACGCCAACUUCUUUCCUCCCGGAUUAGCCGCUGGUUUAGGCCUUCCUCUCCCUCCUCCUCACGCUGCAUCUUUGGCUGGCGUAACCGGAUCCUUAGGAGGUACAACGACUGGGUCUUCAACGAGUGCAACCUCAGGCAAUUGUACUAAUAAUUCUACUUCAGGCUCAGGAGGCCAGACAGUCAGUUCCCCCUCACCUGCAACCAGCGGUUGUAUCCCUGGUGUAUCCAGCAGUACUUUCGAUAGCGUACAUGCCAGGCUUGCCGCCGCCGCCAGUCUUGUUGCUUCGGGUCUAAAUCCGAGGUAAGUAUUACCGUUGCAUUAAUUUCGCUUUUCAUUUGUAAAUAAUGUACAACUUAAAAUAAAAAUUCCAGCACUGAGAAAGGUACUUUCAGCUUCUUGCACUUGAUGUAGUUGACUAAUUUUUAUUGACCAACGGCAGAAGUUACUUACUCACUUAAGACUGACUCACUGCCCUUUUAUGUAGCAGUAUGUAUGUUCUUGUAUGGUGCAUAUGUUUUAUACUUUUACAUGAGUGUAGUUAACAUAAUAACGUGGGGAUUAAUUUUGCUCGUAAAAAAGUUUGGAGUUCAUAUUGGUUAGCUAUAUGACAGAACAGACAGAUACGUGAAAGUUUCAGGAUUUUAAAAUUAGUUAACUUCACUAUGAUUGCAGCUCUGAUAUUGAUAUACAUAACAGAUUAGGCUUUUUGAUUCAGUUAUUGCGAAUUAAUCCAUGAUACUAGCUUGGAAUUUAUCGGAAAUAUGAAAGUUGAUUGCCGAAAUCUUGUUACAUGCAUGCGGUAUUUGCUCGACAAACCAGUUAUUUAAGCUGUAUGACAAAUUUUGUGUUUAUUAUGUUUUUUCUUCAUGAGUUUAUUUUUGAAAGUUAGAUAUAUCUAAGCACAUUUCUCUGGUUUACUCUCAAAUAGAUCAGAAAUUAAUAAUUCUGAUCUGUUUAAUCGUCUUCAAAUUUCGUAACAGUAAACUGAUAAUAGCACCUUUAGAGUAAUUACUAGCUAUAAUGAAAUGUAAGAGUUUAUUCUCUGUCGAAUGUCGAUUUAAUGAAAUAAAUAUUAAGCUCUUUUUUUCAUGAACAUGAUCAAUAUAAUUUGCAGUUUUUUUUCUUUAAAGUGAUGUUAAUUAUUUAUAAAAAAGAACAUUGCUAUUUAAC